AUGUCCAAGGGCCACGGCCACGCCCACGCCCACGAUGCUCCGGCACACGACAAGGCGCCGUAUGAGCAGACUCCUGCUGUCAAAGACGCUCUCGCCGCUCUGCGCAAGAUCCGUCCCGUCACUAGUCGCCUUGCACGUCUCAGCAAGCCUUCAGGUGUCGUAGGCAACACAAUUCACUACGCCAAAGAGUUGUUUGUUCUUCUCUUCAUGAACCAGCCCGACCAGAAGCAUCUCCUGACUACCGAUACCACUGCCCAACCUCUCACUCCCGCCCUGUCUCGCGCCGUCACCCUACUCCAAGAUGCCGCCGAACAACAAGACGCCGAUGCCAUCUGGCUGCUGGCCGAAAUGAACUUCCACGGCAACUUUACCCACCCGAGGAAUUACUCGCGCGCUUUCGAAUACUACCAGACUCUGGCCUACUUGAACGGCAACAGUUCUGCUCAAUACAUGCUGGGUUUCAUGUAUGCUACUGGAAUAGGAAACGCCGUUCCGCAAGAUCAAGCAAGAGCCCUGCUAUACCAUACAUUCGCUGCUGAGCAAGGCGACAUUCGUUCUCAGAUGACCCUAGCAUACCGUCAUCAUUCUGGGGUUGCUACGCCUAGAAACUGCGAAGAGUCCGUUCAUUGGUACAGAUUAGUCGCGAAGCAGGCUGUCGAGUUUUACAAGUCUGGUCCUCCUGGUGGCCACUCUCUGGUCAAGAACGCCUUCCGCCUAGUUGAUGAAGAGGGUGGCAUUUACGGCGAGGGUGCGAGUGUCAGCAGCUCCGGUCCCAACGCAAAGGUUGGAGGCCCUACAUCGGACGCCUACGCAGAUUUGGAUGAUGUCCUUGAAUUUCUGGACUUCCAGUCAAGGAAGGGCGAUCUGAAGGCCACUUUCCACCUUGGCAGACUCUACUACGAUGGCUCAAGAGGACUGGCUCGUGAUUUUCCUUCCGCCAAAGAUCACUUCAUGCAGGUCGCUAGACUGUACUGGACUCCUUCUGGCAAGGUCAAGACCGACGUUUCGUCCGCUGUCGAGAAACUCGCACCCAAAGCUGCUGGCUAUCUGGGUAGAAUGUUCUUGCGUGGCGAAGGCACCGAGAAGAGCUACACCAAGGCCAAGAUCUGGUUCUCUCGUGGAAUUGAGCACGGCGAUGCCCUAUCACAGUACUCUAUGGGAGUCAUGUACAUGGAAGGCCUAGGUGUUCCCAAAAACCCAGUCAAGGCUGCUGACUACUUUUCGCCCGCUGCCGAUCAGGAUCUUGCCGUGGCUCAGACGAACUUGGGAAUCUUGUUCAUGGAUCAAGGUGAUAUCCAUACUGCAAGAAGUUACUUUGAGCUAGCUGCCCGCAAUAGCCAUAUAGAAGCUUUCUAUUACCUGGCAGAGCUAAGUAACCAAGGUGUCGGUCGCGAUCGCUCGUGUGGUAUGGCCUCCGUCUAUUACAAGAUCGCAGCCGAGAAGGCCGAAGUCAUCCACUCUUCCUUCAUUGAAGCCAACGAAGCUUACGAGCGUGGCGAUCUUGAGACUGCAAUCAUCGCAUACAUGAUGGCUGCUGAGCAAGGCUACGAGAUGGCACAGGCAAACGUGGGAUAUCUUCUUGACCACACACGUCCGCGCUUCUCGCUUCCAUCCAUCUUCCCCUUCCUACGCCGUCGUGUUGAUGCAGCUAGUGAUGCGGCUCUCGCGCUCAUCUACUGGACUCGCUCAGCUAAGCAGUCUAAUACUGACUCGCUCGUCAAGAUGGGUGACUAUUAUCUUGACGGUGUCGGCACCGCAUCUUCUCCUGACAACGCAGCCAUCUGCUAUCAAGCCGCUGCGGAAGGAAUGGCGAGCGCGCAAGCAAUGUGGAACCUUGGCUGGAUGCACGAGAACGGUAUCGGUAUCGAGCAAGACUUCCACCUAGCCAAGCGUUUCUACGAUCAAGCACUCGGAACAAACGCAGAGGCAUACUUGCCUGCUAAACUGAGUCUUGCAAAGUUGAGGUUGCGUAGUUGGUGGAAUGGCGUCAGUGGUGGUAGCGUCAACUCCAUCAGAGAUGAGCCUUCUCAAAAGCCAAGUCGCACACUAAGCCAAUGGCUUAAUGACUUCCUCGAAGCCGAUGCAGCUUACUAUGCGGACCACUUCGAAGCCGAUGACUGGGACGACGCACACACGCACAUGCCCGGCGGCGACGACUUCUAUGACGACGGCGACAUCGAUGAUGGUAUGCUCGAAAUGCUAGUCAUCGUGGGCUUAGCCGCUGCACUUGCUUUCUUGGUAUAUUAUCGUCAGCAGAGACAGCAGGAAGCAAGACGUAGAGAGGAGCAGCAGCAGGGAGUGGUGCCACAGCAACAGCAGGAUCAAGGGUUCUUCCCUCCACCAGGUAAUCCUGAGUUUGCGAAUUGGGUUGCUGGGGGUGUGGGACAUUGA